CUCGUCCCGUCUCGACUCGACUCGCGCGUUCUCUCGAUCGCCUGCUCGCUCGCUCGCUCUGUCGUCUCGCGUCUGUCGUCGGUGGCCGAUUUCUGGUGCGGGGGAGGAUCUGCUCGCUCUCGCUCAUUCAUGCCUGCCACUAGCGCGAACUCAAGAAGGCAAGAACCAUGCUGAGUGUGCGCGACACGGCGACUCUGCUGUCGAUUCUCGGCGAUGACAGAUCGCUGGAGAUUUGCGCUGCGUCGUUCACCGCCACAUUUCAGCGCCCGCUGCACUUCAAGGCCUGCUGCUGCCUCGUGCUGCUCCUCGAGGACCGGCGAGUGCUGUCACAACCUCAGCGCCUUGUCGCCUUUUAUAUUUUAAAUGAUUUGUACCGCGUCGAGCAUCCGAGCACCAACCCUUUCAUGUCCAUCUUGGUUGAUGCAGCGACAGAUGAGGCAGCGGAGAAGGUCGAGUGCGCUUUCAUCGUACAAGUGCUGCAGUCUCUCAACAGUAACAACAAGGAUAUCUCAAGGAAGACAGCAGAAGAGUUCAUAUCGACGUUCGAUGCGGCUGCCUACAAUCCAGUUACGAGGGAAGCAUUGCGACGGCAAUAUGCGGAUAAGCUGCCGUCGGAUCCAAAGGUUAGCAGCUUCAAGAGGGCAGCGAUGAACAAUAUCGUAGCGGAUCCGGAUAUUCCACAGGGCUAUGACCUGGAUACUCCCGAAUUGAGUGAACCAGGCGGAAUACGGCGAAUUGGCGGGGGUUUUAGAGACGCUGCGGUAGUAGACAUGAUAGAGUCGGCAUCCUUUAAAGGUUUAGAGCCACCAUGGGUGCGAGUACCCCCUCCAAGGCUUCCUGUACAAGACGGAGAGAUGAUAUGGCUCAAUCCGGAAAAUAGUCAUGAGCUGCUAUGGGAUCACGGGAUGUGUGCCGAUACAAGCCGCGGUGCCGCAGUGAGGGAAUUGAUAGCCCGCGCACUGAAAGGAGCAUUAGCUCCCACCCAACAGCAGCAAGUUUUGAUGGAACUUGAGGCGGAUCCGAAGCUCGUGUAUCAUUGUGGCUUGACUCCUCGCCGGCUGCCUGAGCUGGUGGAGAAUAAUCCCGUGAUUGCGGUUGAAGUACUACUCAAGCUGAUGCACUCGGUCCAAAUUACAGAGUACUUCAAAGUUCUGGUGAACAUGGAUAUGAGCCUGCAUUCUAUGGAAGUUGUGAACAGGCUCACAACUGCUGUGGAUCUUCCAACUGAAUUCGUCCACAUGUACAUAUCAAAUUGUAUAUCAUCUUGCGAAAAUAUAAAGGAUAAAUACAUGCAAAACCGCUUAGUCAGGCUGGUCUGCGUUUUUCUCCAAAGCUUGAUUCGCAACAAAAUCAUCAAUGUUCAAGACCUUUUCAUCGAGGUGCAAGCGUUCUGCAUCGAGUUCUCGCGAAUCAGAGAAGCAGCAGGCUUAUUCCGGCUGUUGAAGACAUUGGAGUGAUCGUAGAAUGUGAUAACAAGGCUGUGCAUACACCCAAAGAACGGUUAUCACUGUACAUAUUGUAUCUGACAGUCCAUUGUUCUAGAACAGAAAUUAGUCAGUCCACCACACUUACACAAUUUUUGGAGAGCCUCAAACCCCAUUUGUGCAGGAAUAGAUCCAUCAUAGGCCUCUAGGGUUGAGAUCCAGUACGAAGAGUGAACGCUAAUUCACGUGAAUCAGUCUUUUGAAUACUGUUAGGCAUUUUGGCAAUGAAAAGGUCACAUUUCAGAUCAGUUCUGUUAUCGUGAAAAGCAACUGAGCGAAGGGACUAAUUACAUCUUUCUAUCGAGUAAGUCCAGAUUACAUCGCUGCGAUCAGGCGAAGCUCAACGCUUCACUGUUCGCUUGACCUUGACGCGAGUCGACUCGUCUUCUUCAGAGCAUACGAGAACAUUUCCCACGCUUCGUCAGCCGUCACUUAUUCUGGGCUCCUCGCCAAUUCCACGAUGAUGUGUACUUGGCCGCCCACGUGUUUAGAAUGGACGCCCCGCCGUACACGAAGUUUUGGCGUGAGAGUCUUUGCAGCUAUCUAAUGUUCCGUACCGUAGUGCUCGUCGGAGCCUCGAGUUCGUGUGCUGUCGUAUUCAAGCCCAAGGGAAGGAAGCA